GGAAGGGUGGACCGUUAUUUUUGGCGGGUUAUGGAAAUAACUAAACUUCAAAUAACAUCUUCAACUUUUGUUACCCAACACGAAAAGCAAUGAAAAUGGCGAUACUCAUUUCCACUUCACCCUUAAUUUCCCCACUCCAUUUUCUCCCAAAUUCAGACCCUCCUUACAAUCUUCUUCAAUUGCAACCUUCUCUUUCCCUCUUCCACAAAUGCAAGAACAUCCAAACCCUAAAACAAAUCCACUCUCAAAUCAUCAAAACUGGCCUACACAACACCCAAUUUGCUCUUAGCAAGCUCAUCGAAUUCUGCGCUGUUAAUCCUUCAGGGGAUCUGUCUUACGCGCUUUCUAUAUUCGAAUCAAUGGAUAAUCCCAAUACUCUGGUUUGGAACACUCUGAUUAGAGGGCAAUCUUUGAGUUCUUCUCCAAUGGGUGCUUUGGAUUUGUACAUUCGUAUGCUUUUUUCGGAUGUGGAGCCGAAUUCCUACACUUUUCCUUUUAUUUUCAAGUGUUGCGCGAAAUUGGGGAAGACACGGGAAGGGAAACAGAUUCAUGGUCAUGUUUUGAAGUUCGGGCUUGAUUCGGAUGCUUUUGUACAUACUUCUUUAAUCAAUAUGUAUGCUCAAAAUGGGGAGUUAGACUGUGCACGCAAAGUGUUUGAUAAAAGUCACCUUAGAGAUCCUGUUUCCUUUACGGCGCUUAUUUCUGGGUAUGCGUCAAAGGGUUAUUUAGAUGAUGCACGCAAACUGUUCGAUGAAAUUCCUGUUAAGGAUGUUGUGUCAUGGAAUGCUAUGAUUGCAGGGUAUGUACAGAGCGACCAAUUCGAUAAGUCAAUAGAAUUUUUCCAAGAGAUGUUGAGAGCAGAGGUUAUGCCGAAUGAGAGUACAAUGCUUAGUGUUCUCUCGGCAUGCGCUCAGUCGGGUAAUCUUGAGUUAGGGAAGUGGGUUAGGUCUUGGAUUGAGGAAAAUAGCCUGGGAACAAAGCUUCGGCUUGUUAACGCGCUCAUUGACAUGUAUGCAAAGUGUGGUGAUCUCGAAAAAGCAUGGACUUUGUUCGAGGGAUUACAUCAGAAAGACCUAAUCUCAUGGAAUGUGAUGAUUGGCGGGUACACUCAUGGGAGCUAUUACAAAGAAGCUUUGAGUUUGUUCAGAGAAAUGUUAGAACUUCAAGUUGUGCCAAAUGAUGUGACUUUCUUAAGUGUUCUUCCAGCUUGUGCCCAUUUAGGCGCCCUUGAUUAUGGCAAAUGGAUUCAUGCUUAUAUAGACCGAAAUUUCAAUCACUUAACUAACAUUGCUCUUUCGACAAGCCUGAUUAACAUGUACGCGAAAUGUGGUGAUAUAGAGGCCGCCAAACAAGUAUUUGAUAGAAUGAAAUCCAAAAGCCUUGCUUCUUGGAACGCGUUGAUAUCUGGGCUAGCAAUGCAUGGAGAUGCAACCCAUGCCCUUGAUCUUUUCUUAAGGAUGGUGGAUGAAGGAUUCAGGCCGGAUGAUAUAACAUUUGUGGGUGUUUUAUCAGCUUGUACUCAAGCUGGUUUGGUAGAUCAUGGUCGGAAAUAUUUCAAUUCAAUGAUCCAAGAUUAUAAGAUUUCACCAAAACUGCAUCACUAUGGUUGCAUGAUUGAUCUACUUGGUCGAGCAGGAUUGUUUGACGAAGCAGAGGCCAUAAUGGAUACUAUGCCAAUGGAGCCAGAUGGUGCUAUAUGGGGUUCUCUUCUUGCAGCUUGCAAACUCCACAAGAAGGUCGAAAUGGCUGAAAAAGUCGCCAACCAUCUUUUCGAGCUAGAACCUAAUAACCCGGGGCCUUAUGUGCUUCUCUCAAAUACCUAUGCUACCGCGAGUAGAUGGGAUGAUGUAGCUAGAGUUAGAAUGAGAUUAAACGAUUUAGGAAUGAAGAAAGUCCCAGGGUGUACUUCUAUUGAGAUAGAUAGCAUUGUUCAUGAGUUUCUUGUUGGCGAUAAAUUGCAUCCACAGAGCAAAGCAAUCUAUGAGAUGGUGAAUGAAGUAGAUAAGCUCUUAGCCUUAAAUGGACAUGUCCCUGAUACAUCUGAGGUUCUUUAUGACAUGGAUGAGGACUGGAAAGAAGGAGCAUUAAGCCAUCAUAGUGAAAGGUUAGCAAUAGCUUACGGGUUGAUUAGCACGAAACCCGGGACAAUGAUUAGGAUUGUUAAGAACUUAAGGGUAUGUGGAAAUUGUCAUUCAGCUACAAAGCUCAUAUCAAAGAUCUUCAACAGGGAGAUCAUUGCCAGAGAUCGAAAUCGUUUCCAUCAUUUCAAAGAUGGCCAAUGUUCAUGUCAAGACCAAUGGUGA